AUGGACUCGGGUUGGGAAGGAAUAACAAGCCUCACUUCAUUUGAUGAAAUUCUAAAUCCUCCUAGCCAGAGAAAAACGCUUGAAAUGGGAUCUUUCAUUCUCCAAUCUGGUAUUGUAUCAGGCUCUCUUCAGGUUAUCCUUGAUCGAUUCACAACAUUCGCCCAAAGAGAACUCGGCAUAGUUUUAGGCGUUGACGAUGAGGUUAAGAAGCUAGAAAGGACAGUAUUGAAGGUUCAGGCUUUUAUCGAUUCUCUUAGCAACCAGCUUCAGUGGCCUUCUACUCCUCUGGCGUUAAAGCUCUGGCUUCGGCACCUCCAAGACGUGCUUCACGAUGCUGACGACCUGUUGCAUGAGAUUGCCUUGGAAAUUUCAAAAUUUACUUCUAAUAGACCAACCGACACAGAACAGGUACGAACAUUGAUUCUCUCCAGAUUUCAUUUUAGCCUUCCUUCUCAAGUAGUGAAUAUGCAACGUAAACUAGAAGACCUAGUGAAAGAGAUGGACGGAAUGUUUGCUAGUGAGAUAUUGCUGAAGGCGACGCAAACUAUUGAAUGUAAUUGGAAACUGCACAGUUCUAGUUCAUUAGUGGACGAGUCAUAUGUGGUAGGAAGGGAAUAUGAUAAAAUUGAAGUUGUGAAUAUGUUAUUGUCGAACGGAACGGACAGAGAAUCAACUUCUGUAAUUGCAGUUGUGGGCAUGGCAGGGAUCGGCAAAACAACACUUGCAAAGCUUGUUUAUAAUGAUGAGAUUGUCAGGUACACAUUCGACUUGCUCAUUUGGGUGACCAUUUCUGUGGAGCAUAGUGUAGAGAGAAUCUCAAAAUCAAUUUUUGAGAGUGCUACUGGGAAGAUGUUGAAAGUUUCAGAUCUGAAUCAUAUUCAAAUAGAAUUGGAAAAUUGUUGGCGAGCAGGAAGGUGUUGA